UCUUUUGUUUGGUGCAUGGUGCCGGCAGAAUAGAGUUUACAGUGGUUUUUGUUAAAGUUUAACAGUUGUUUUUAAUGUGAAUUAGUGUAAAAAAAUGAUCUGUAAGGAAUAAUUGUACUAUAAUCUCUUCGAAGACCAAAAAAAAAAAAAAUUAAAAAAAAAAAAAUGGAUCCCCUCGAUCUGUUUAAACCAAAUACGUCUUUUAAACGAGUUUACAUGGAACCUCGAACAAGUCAAAAAUAUGUUCCAACAAAUAUGGAUGCUAUCGAUCGAGAAUUAGAAAUAACAAAUCCUCGUCAAAUUCAUGAAAGAAAAGAAUAUGCCGAAGAAUAUGUAAAAGCAGAAGAACGAAGAAUGCUUGAGGAGGCAAGCUUUUUUGAUAGUCAAGAUAAAACGAAAAAUUUUGAUGAAGUUUCACGUGGUACAUUGCCAGUAAUGCAAGAAAUUCAAAAUGAAGAAUUAACGAAAAUUUAUAAAACCUAUAAUUUUGCUUAUCGUAAAAAUGAAAGUCUCACAAUAUCGUCGAUGCAGGAUAAAAUUAUUUCAAUGAUUGAAACAAAUGCCGUAGUGAUAAUACAAGGACCAACUGGAUGUGGAAAAACAACACAAGUUCCACAAUUUUUAUUAGAUAAUAGUUUUCGAAAAAAAGUUCCAUGCAAUAUAAUUGUAACACAACCAAGAAGAAUUGCAGCAAUAAGUAUUGCAAAUCGAGUAAGCAAAGAAAGAGAUUGGCCAAUUGGUUCAUUGGUUGGUUUUCAAGUUGGAAUGUACGCAACAAUAUCACAAGAUACAAGAUUAACAUAUUGUACAACUGGUGUACUAUUGCGUAAAUUAAUAAAUUCAAAAACAAUGCUCGACUAUACACACGUUAUUCUCGAUGAGGUUCAUGAACGUAGUCAAGAAAUGGAUUUUCUUUUACUUGUUGUUCGUAAAUUAUUGCGAACAAAUUCACGUCAAGUAAAAGUUAUUUUAAUGUCAGCGACAAUUGAUGUUGAUAAAUUUGCAUCAUAUUUUCAAAGUCCAGUUAUGAAUAAAUUGGCCGAUGCACCAAUUGUCGAUAUUAUAAAACGUAAUCGUUAUGAUGUGAAUAUUUUCUAUCUUUGUCAAAUGGGAUCAAUUGCUCCAUUACCUGAAGUAUCAAUGGAUGAACCGCGAAUAACAAAGGAAAUGAUGCAAUUUUGUACGAAAUUAAUAAUUGUCUUUGAUACAAUUGAUAAGGAUAGUCAGGAAUAUGUUUCUGGUGAUGAGAAAGAUGAGGAGGAUGAUGAUGAGGAUGAUAAUUCUUAUAAGCGUCAUGUUGUUCUUGUUUUUUUACCGGGUAUUUAUGAAAUUGAAGAAAUGCACGAUAUGUUAAAGGCGCCAAAUCAACAAGAAAUGAAAUGGGAUAUUGUUGUUAUGCAUUCGUCAAUAACAAGAGAUGAACAGGAAAAUAUUUUUAAAAAUCCACCAAAAGGAUAUCGACGUAUUAUACUCUCGACAAAUAUUUCCGAGAGUAGUAUCACUGUACCUGAUGUUAAAUAUGUAAUUGACUUUUGUCUCACGAAACAACUCGUAAUGAAUUCAAUAACAAAUUUUCAAUCACUGGAACUUGUUUGGGCAAGUAAAGCAAAUUGUGAUCAAAGAGCGGGACGAACUGGUCGAGUGAUGGCCGGUCGUGUUUAUCGAUUAGUUCCAAAAUUAUUCUACGAGGAAUUUUCCAAAGACAGUGAUCCAGAAAUGUUGCGUGCACCACUCGAGACACUUGUUUUGAAUGCAAAACUUUUAGAUAUGGGCGAACCAAAAGAAUUAUUGGCACUUUCAAUGGAUCCACCUGAUUUAUCAAAUUUAAAACGUACAAUAAAAUUAUUAAAAGAAGUUGGCGCUUUAUAUAAUAUUGAUGAGAAUUUUAGCGAAAGCGAUGGUGAAUUAACGGAUCUUGGUAGAAUAAUGGCAAAUUUACCAGUUGAUAUUAGAAUAUCAAAAUUAAUUGCACUUGGUCAUGUUUUUAGUAUUUUACAUGAUGCAAUUAUUAUGGGCGCAACAAUGGCAACUAAAAAUUUAUUCAGUAAUCCAUUUCAAAAAAAACUCGAGGCAUAUAAUACAAAAAUUGAUUGGGCCGAUACUUCAUGUAGCGAUUGUAUUGCAUCACUUAACGCUUACAAGCUUUGGCAAUCGGAAAAAGUAAAUAAUCGUUUAUCAAAUAAGGCAAUGGAAAAAAAAUGGGCACAACGUCAUUUCAUACAAGUGCGUGUAUUAUAUGAAAUUAAUCAUUUUACAAAGGAAUUAUCAUCACGUUUAAAGAAUAUGGGAAUUGUUGAGAGCGUUGGUGAGAAACGUGUUUUUUGGGAUGACAAUGAACGUGCAUUGGUACAAAAAAUAAUAAUUGCCGGUGCAUUUUAUCCAAAUUAUUUUGUCAAAAAUGUAAAAUCAUUAGAGGAAAGUGGAAAAAAUUCAUUAAAAUUAGUAUCGGGUUUAGAUCCAUCGAAAACAGUGUUUCUUCAAGGUUGGCCAGUUAAUCAACCCGGUCAACUUUAUGCAAAACGAAUUCAAGAUUUAUUCAACGAUUGUGCACCAUUGUCGGUUGAAAAAAUUUUUGUCACAUUCGAUAAUUCAAGUCGUAUUUAUAUUCAUUUUUGGAAUAGAGAGAGACGAUUUACUAGUGAUGAAAAAGUACCUGAUGUCACGGGAAGAAUCUCACCUGCUGUGUAUCGUGCCGUCAAAUUACGUAAAAUAAAUACAACAAUGAUGGUAAGAGUUCUCGAUGAACAGUCAUCAAUAACAUUGGCAAGAAAAAUGAAAUUAAUAAACGAUCGUGGUUUAACGUUUCUCGAUGAAAAACCCUCGUCAUUGUUGCGUGUAAAAAAAAAUUUUGGCAUUCGGCCAGUAUUACCUGGAUUGGAUAUUACAAUGAUACCAUUGAAAAUAACAGAAAUUUUAAAUCCCGGUCAUUUUUGGGCACAAAUGAUUGACGAUGAUUCACAACGUAAACUUGAUCGUAUUUUAAGAAUGAUAAAUAAUGAUGAGAAAAAUUUUCUUCUUCCAAUUAAAACACCACCACGUCUAGAGACACUUGUAUUUGCGCCAUUUUCAAAUGAAGACAAAUGCUUUCAUCGUGCAUUAAUACAAAGUUAUAAAAAUAUAAAUACCGCUAAUGUUUUAUAUGUUGAUUGUGGUAAAAUGGGUUCGGUACAAGUUAAAGAUUUACGUUUAUUGCGUGCAUUUAAUGAAAAUGAAGAGCAAUUAAUAAAGGAAUUUGAUUUACCAGCAUUGGCAUUUGAAUGUGUACUUGCAAAUAUUCGUCCGACAUUUAUGUCAAAUAAAACUGGACAAUGGUCACCGAAUGCGCGACAUGAUUUUGAAAAAUUAUUACGUCACGAUCAAAAGAGGCCAACAUUUUUAUUUGGUGAAAUUUAUUCAGUUAUUAAUAGCGUUGUUUCAUUGACGUUACAUUGUAAAAAAUCAUUGGACAAUAAUGUUAAACCAAUAAUUGUUAAUCAAUAUUUAAUUGAAAAUAAUUAUGCUGAAACAUGUGAGGAGGAUUAUUUAUCGCGUUUAAAUCAUGAAUUGCGUGUGAAUUAUGAUAAUUUAGAAAUGUCACAACGUAAUGUUUAUGAGGAACAACAGUACGAUCAAUGUAAUAUAAUGGAAAAUUAUCCUGAGCCACCAAAUGAAAAAGAUUGCUCGAGAAGUAUUUUAUUGCGCGGUCCAUUUUCACCGUUGGAAAUUGAAUUGAUGAGUUUAACAAAAGCUGGAGCUUCAAAAAAGAUAAAUAUUGAACAUAGUUCGGUAAAUUCUGUACUAUUGGAUACGGCACCAAAUGAUCCUCAUGAUCGACUUUUGGUUGCCGCUUUUGUUGGCGAAAGUCCUUCGGGAAGAAAUUUAAAUUUACGUGAUACAACAUUAAUGCCAAAUAUUCCUGGUUUAUCGUCAAUUUUACCAAUACUAUUUUGUCCACGAAUGGAAUUAAGACGUUCAACAAGUAAAGGUUCUUAUGUUGGUGCAUUGUGUGGAUUAGGAAUAUAUCCAAGAAAUGAUGAAGCUCAUGAACCGGCAAUUUCUUUAUUUCCAGAGCACGAUAUGGAAAUUAAAUUUGACGUUGAAAUAACUAACGAUGAUUUACUUGAUAUAAAUAAAUUACGACAUUGGAUGAAUUUAUGUUUGAAUAUUGAUGGAGAUCGAAAUGAACAUAUGUCUGAGACAAUUAAUUGUCAGGUACAUGUGAAAAAUUAUCUAUUCGAUUUAAUGGAUAGAAAAAGAAGAUCUCAAACACCAGAAGAGGUGUUUCGUUUUAAUAAAUGGAAACUUUAUGACGAUUCAGAUUUUCUACAACCGGGAAAACAAAUUCUUUUCAAUAAAACUGUUUAUCCUUUACAUUAUGCUCUUGAGCUUAUUGAAGAAGAUGAAGAAACAAAAAAAUUGCGCCUCAAUCAACAGGAAUUAAUUGAGCUCGCCAGAACUGAUAUGAGAAAUCAACGAACAGUUGACACAAAAUGUCUACUUUGUUUAGAGCAAAUAUUUGGUAUAAUGGAAUUGCGAACUCAUUUAUUUUCACAAAAACAUCACAAUGCGUUAAAAAAGAUGGGAAUUGAGUAAAAAAAAUUCUA